GGGUUUCUUUGUGUGGUUUCUGGGCUAUAAAAGGCCCAUCCAUCUGGCGGCAGGGAUUCAGUUUGCGAUCACUGUCCCAAGGAGUUGCAACGCGAUAGAAAUGAAGCUGCUGAUUUUUGCCUGUCUGCUGAGUCUGGCUCUCGGCCACGAGGUCUACACCUAUUAUACCCCAUCGUACGGAUACUAUCCGUCGACCUAUGCCCGUGCAGCGGGUGUCCUGCCGCUGGCCUAUUCCCGCCUGGUGGCUCCUGCGGCUGCCGAAUCGCAUCUGUACCACAGCGUGGCGACUCCCAACUCCUUCCAGCAGCAGUACCGCAGCGAAUACAAGCCCCUGACCUAUGAGUAUCUCUAUUGAACAGAGAGAGAGAGAGUGGGAGAGAGCAAAUAGCUGUCUCUCCCUGCCGCAUCUCGUAACCAAGUGAAAUUUGAAUAAAGUUUGUCCACUCCCAA